UCUCAAUGGCAACUAAGCGAAACAACAAAACAUUAACCUAAAUUAAAUAUCAAACAGAACGACGCAUCGAACGGUGCUAUAAAACACAGAAAAAAUAAGUUUCAAGUGCGUGGAUCUCAAGUAAUCAUGUUUAAAAAUACGUUUCAAUCAGGGUUCUUGUCGAUAUUAUACAGUAUUGGUAGUAAGCCACUGCAAAUCUGGGAUAAAAAAGUGCGAAAUGGUCACAUCAAGCGAAUCACCGACAAUGACAUUCAGAGCUUGGUAUUGGAAAUUGUUGGCACAAAUGUAAGCACCACAUAUAUCACAUGUCCAGCCGAUCCGAAGAAAACAUUGGGCAUCAAGUUACCGUUUCUGGUGAUGAUUAUCAAAAAUCUGAAGAAAUAUUUCACCUUUGAAGUACAAAUUUUAGACGAUAAAAAUGUGAGGAGGCGAUUCAGAGCGAGCAAUUAUCAGUCGACGACACGAGUAAAGCCAUUUAUUUGCACGAUGCCGAUGCGAUUGGACGAAGGAUGGAACCAAAUCCAAUUCAACCUGUCCGAUUUUACACGACGAGCUUACGGCACCAACUAUGUUGAAACGUUGCGUGUACAGAUUCACGCUAAUUGCCGAAUACGACGCGUUUACUUCUCCGAUCGACUUUAUUCGGAAGAUGAACUCCCAGCUGAAUUCAAAUUGUUCUUACCCAUUCAAAAACCACCGGCAAAAGCAGUAACACAAGCCUAAGACAAUACCUAUCCACUUUCGAUCAAUUUAAAAUCGGUUUCUAAACUUUACCGUUUUGACAUUUAAACUUUCUCCCUUCAAUCGUUUUGGAUUAAUAAAAAAAAAUGCGAUAAUUUCAGU